CUCUCUGUUUCUUUCCCAUUUUCUUUGCUUCUCUCUUUCGAUCUUGAUCUCCAUCGUCAAUGGCGAAAUCUCACCUGCAUUCAGUGGCAUCACAAGUGAGGGUUGUUCUCAGAGUGCGCCCCUUCCUCCCUUGCGAGACCCAAUCCAAAGAAAAGGGCGUAGUGCCUUGUGUCUCUGUCCUUGAUUCGGAGAACGGCACUGGUGAAGAGGAGGUCACUGUUCAUCUGAAAGAUCAAUGGACCAGCCGAAAGGAGUGCUACAAGUUGGAUGCUUUCUUCAACCAAGAAAACAGUGUGGAUGAGAUCUUUAAAUCCGAGGUCUCUGCGGUGAUUCCUGGCAUCUUUCGGGGGUUCAAUGCUACAAUCUUUGCUUAUGGUGCCACUGGAAGUGGAAAGACAUACACAAUGCAGGGCACUGAAGAAGAACCUGGCCUCAUUCCAUUGGCCAUGUCAAGCAUUCUGUCCAUGUGCCGAGGGUCAGAGUGCUCGGUGGAGAUUUCUUACUAUGAAGUUUAUAUGGACCGAUGCUAUGAUUUGUUAGAGCCCAAGACAAAGGAGAUCCUUCCUCUCGAUGACAAGGAAGGGCGUGUUCAGCUCAAAGGCCUUUCUUGGGUUCCUGUGCAUUCUAUGGAUGAGUUCAAUGAGGUCUUUUCCACUGGGAUUCAGAGGAGAAAAGUGGCACACACUGGCUUGAAUGAUGUCUCUAGUAGGAGCCAUGGAGUGCUCACCAUUGCGGUCUCCAAUGGUGCUGUCAGGGGGAAGCUCAAUCUGAUAGACUUAGCAGGUAAUGAAGAUAACAGAAGAACUGGUAAUGAAGGGAUCCGACUCAUGGAAAGUGCGAAGAUCAAUCAAUCCUUGCUUGCGUUGUCCAAUGUCAUAUAUGCUCUGAACAAUAACGAGCCACGGGUUCCAUACAGAGCUAGCAAGCUGACGCGUGUGCUGCAGGACUGUCUGGGAGGAACAAGUCGUGCUUUGAUGAUUGCUUGCAUUAAUCCAUCAUCAUAUCAGGAAGCUGUUCAUACUGUCAGCUUGGCUGCUCGCUCUCGCCAGGUUGUAAACUAUGUGGAUGGUGCCAAAGAGAAGGAGACUCCGACAGUGAAGGUGGACAUGGAAGCAAAGUUAAGACUCUGGCUGGAAUCCAAAGGCAAGUCUAAAAGUGUAAACAGAAUGAAUGGACCUUGUUCUCCCUUCUUUGGGAGGACGCCAAACUCUACACACUACCAUAAAAAAGCAGGAUCAAUUCAAUCUUCUGUAAAAACAAAAGCCUCUGAAAAUGGUGUUUCUGAGAGUAAGGGCAGGAGACUAUUUGAUUCGGCAUUGUCAACUACAGCAGCAAAUGAGGUUGUUGUUCAAGAUGCUGCCUCUGUGGAUACAAUGCCACUAGUACAAGAAGCUACAGAAGGAUGUGAGCUUCAUGAUAAUGCUGUGAGAGGCUUACCUUUGGAUGAUGCAUUGUCACAUUACUCUCCAAUGAGGAGUAUUGCAUCACUGCAGAUUAGUGACAAAUCAGAAGUGCCACCAAAUACUCUUAGAAAAGUUUUAUCACCAAUUUCCAACAACAUUACUCCGAACAAGCAUUCAGCAUCUGAUUUACUAGACACACAUUCAAUUAAGAAUGAACUAAAUUCCUCAGUACAUCAAAAUCCUGGAACACCCUUGAUAAGGAAGAACCAGUUGCAAGAACUGCAGAAGUCCCUCCAAAAAGUUCUUUCCCCAGUUCUUAAUAGUUCUGCACAAAAUGAGAAUCUAAUGUCUAAUAAAAUAUGUGUAGUUCUGUUAGAUCCAAAGGCUCCGAAAACUCCCCAUGUUAUAUUCAGUGACCAUGAUGAAGUUGGAAUGAACAACUCCCCUCUAGGCAAAUUCAAUGCAUCUAACUCUAAUUUGAAGGAGUCGUUAGUGCAAGAAUAUCUAGAAUUCCUGAAUGUGGCCAGCAAGGAACAGCUAAUGAAAUUAAAGGGAAUUGGUGAGAGGAGAGCCGAAAACAUACUCCAACUACGAGAACACUCACCGAAACCUUUGAAAUCGCUUUCUGAUUUGGAGAAGAUAGGACUUUCUUCCAAACAGGUGUAUGGAUUGUUGAGAGGACACGCUAGAGAAAUGUUUGCUUGAGAAAAGGAGCCAUUGAUGCUAUAUAUACUUUAUCAAUGUAAUUGCAAUUUGUGGCAACAUGUGAGUUGCUUCUUUUUAUUAGAUAUUAUUGUAUGAGUUGCUAUGUUGUUUAAAUGUGUUGUGUACUAUAGUCAUAAUUAGUCUUCUUGUUGAUUUCUCUUGUUGGAUUGGAAUCAUUGGAUUGGAUUUAUUUUUAA